AUGGCCGCGUCGUCGGAGGCCGCCGUACCGGCGGCGAGCAAUAAGAAGGGCGCGGCGCCAUCGCCACCGCGGCCACGCUGCGCGCGCGACGCGCUCGUGUUCGCUGCCGGCGUGGCGGCGGCCGUGCUGGCGCUCCUGGGCCUGGCGUCGUCCGUGCUCGCGCCGCCCGGGUGGGGCAGCGGCGUCGGCCUCGUCGCCUUCCCCGUCCCGGGCCCGUCGGACGGGCCGCGCUACAACCUCGUCCUCUACGGCUGGCCCAAGGAGGUGUACGAGAACAGGCGGUGGCUGGGGCUCAACGCCGGCGUGUUCCUCAUCCGCAACUGCCAGUGGUCGCUCGACUUCCUCGACGAAUGGGCGCGCAUGGGCCCCGCAUACCCGGACUACGCCGCGUGGGGGAAGAAGGUGAAGGGCGCGCUCACCGACAGGGACUCCGACGUGGCGUGCGACCAGUCGGCGCUCGCGUACCUGCUCAUCACGGGCCGGGAGCGGUGGGGGGAGAAGACCUACCUCGGCACCGACUACUACUUCCAGGGCUACUUCGCGGAGAUCGUGGGCAAGCUCGCCGGCGUCGCGGCGCGGUACAAGGCGGCGGAGCGGGGGGCCGGCCACGCGGGGCUCCGGAGGCGGCACGCCGAGAGGGAGCACCUGCGGUACGCGGCGGCGCGGAACGCGGCCGUGAGGGCCGCCGUCCCGGGCCCCGACGGCGGCGGGCAGUCGGGGUGGCGCCGGCCGCUCAUCACGCACUUCACGGGGUGCAACCCCUGCGGCGGCAGGCGGAACCCGAUGUACUCGAGGGAGCUCUGCGAGGGAGGGAUGCGCCGCGCGCUGGGGUUCGCCGACGACCAGGUGCUCCGCGCGUACGGGUUCCGCCACGCCGGCCCGCUCAACGACACCGUGCUGCAGCUGCCGUUCGACUACCCCGCCGCGCGCAACAGAUGACCAUCGCAGCAGUGAAGGAAUUGGGCCUAUUUUGGGCCUUAAUUGUAUCCUGUUUCUAGCUCUUAUUCUUCGUCGUCAAACAUUUUGUGGUAUGCAAUACCCCAUCUUGGCCUCCAGGAAGCUCCAAGAAUUCCAAGUUUCCAACAGAAA